AUGCGGUCCAGGAAGCGCCGCAACCGCCCGUCACCCCACGAUAUCACGUUCACCACCUUUACCCGCAACGCUGUACAACACCAUCGCCACGCUCUCUUCAUGCCGGUCAUCUACGCCGACAUACUCCCAUACAUAUUUGUCCUACCGCACCUUUUCAUCCUCCAGUCGCCCAUGCAUCUUGACCCAACCAGGUUGAAUAGCUGGAACGGCAUUGGACGGAUUAAAGCGGCGUGUUACACACAGUAUAUCACUAAAGACUCGGUAGAUCCGGGGGAGGUGGUACUCGACGCUGCGGAUCAACCAACACUCCUUCUCCUCGGGCAAAUCGGUCAUGAAUGUGCACUUUCCACCUCGAAUCGACUUUCCCCUUCGCUCUACCUUUGCCCGCAUACACCCACCUUUCAGUACCUAGCGGCCCAUCUCACUACCGACUUUUCCGCAGCCGAGAGGGAGAAAAACAUUCCCCAACCCCCCUCCGCGGCUGGCAAACGCGAUGCUACUCGUCUGGAACUCGAAGCCGACAACAAACCACCACCACACAUGAAAGGACUUUCCUAUUCGCCAGCACGUAGAAGCCGAGGACAGAUGACCACGUAG